AUGCCCAAAGACGAUCGGCGGUCCGCGCGACCACGCACCGAUGGCCGACCUGCCUUUUCACGCCCUCCCGGUGCACUUCCGCCUGACGAUGACGACGACUAUGAUACCCCACGAAACACGCCACGAAGGACGAAGGAUAGAGAAAGGAGAAAAGCAAAGGAGUCCCCUGCAGCCUCACCGGCGGAUCGCGACCGGCGACGUCGACAUCACUCGAGACAGCAUAGUAGUCCCACCAAAGACCGGGCCAAAUACACAUCUGGCUCUUCCGCAGACAGCGGCUCCCAUCUUCUAAGCGCCGACGCGCUGUCAAAGCUCAAUGCGUACAACCAAGGCGAACAGUACGAUGAGAAACGCGAGCGAUCCAAGCAGAAACGGAAAGAGUACAAGAACAUCAACACUGCACCGGAGCCUGCCCAGCGGAAACGAAAGCGCAAGAAUCGAGAUGUUAGUGGUGCAAUACUGGAAGAGGGCAGAGGCAAGCGCCAUAGCAGAAGGAGAGAAAGCGAGUAUUACGAGAAGAAUGUCGUCCACAAAAGAGAUGAUCCAGACUCGCGAAAACGGAGGAAAAAGUGGUUCUGGAUCAUCGGCGGUCUUUUGGUCUUGCUAGCCAUCUUCAUCCCAGUGGGAGUGGUCGUGAGCAACAACAACAGGGGCGAUGGGUCCGGGAGUGGCAGCACUUCAAAUCUCUCCGGAGACAGCGGCAACACCGCACCAACGAAUGACUGCAAGGACACGGACGUUCCAGAAAAUGCCAAAGGUACCUACACCGACAUCACCACCUGGAUGGACACACAAGAUUUCAACUGUACCUACACCGCCGAGAUGGUCGGUGGCCUCUCGGUCAUGGGCUUGAACAGCAAAUGGGACGAUUCGGUCAAAGCCAAUGAUAAUGUUCCAGCACUCAACGACGACUGGGAGUACGGGAAAAAGCCCAUCCGCGGCGUCAAUGUUGGUGGCUGGCUUGUAAUCGAGCCCUUCAUCACGCCGUCCCUGUUCAGGUAUCCUGCAUCCGAUAGGGUAGUCGACGAAUACACCCUCACCACCAAGUUGGGCAGCUCCGCCACGCGCACGCUCGAACAGCACUACGCGACCUUCAUUUCCAAGAAAGACUUUGCCAACAUCCGCGCUGCCGGCUUCGACCACGUACGCAUCCCAUACCCAUACUGGGCCGUCGAAACCUACGACGGUGACCCAUACGUCGCCAAGAUCGCAUGGCGUUAUCUGCUCCGCGCUAUCGAAUGGUGCCGUGAGAACGGCCUGCGCGUGAAUCUCGACCUGCACUCCGUCCCUGGCUCCCAGAACGGCUGGACGCACUCCGGCCGCCUCGGUGCCAUCAACUGGAUCUCCGGCCCCGACGGCGCCACCAACGCCCAACGCUCGCUCGACAUCCACAAGAAGCUAUCCACCUUCUUCGCCCAACCCCGCUACGCCAACAUCAUCACCAUCUACGGCCUCGUCAACGAGCCCAAAAUGAUCGAUCUCGACGUCGACGAAGUCAUCUCGUGGAACGAACAAGCCGUCAAGACGAUCCGCGGGGCGGGCCUCUCCAAACCCUACCUCAACUUCGGCGACGGCUUCCUCAAGCUCUCAGACUGGCAAGGCGAAUUCCAAGGCGCCGACGACAAGCUCAUCCUCGACACGCACCAGUACCAAAUCUUCAACACGGGCCAACUCCCCCUCAACCACUCGGCGCGCAUCGCCCUCUCCUGCUCCGGCUACACGGGUCUGCUCGUCGCCUCCAACAACCCGCAAACCGGCUGGGGCCCCACCCUCGACGGCGAAUGGUCCCAAGCCGACACCGACUGCGCCCCCUUCCUCAACAACGUCGGCGUCGGCUCCCGCUGGACGGGCACCCUCAACCUCAACGACCCGAAGAUGAACGUGCUCGAGCCCCUGUGCCCCACCGCCCCCGACUGCAGCUGCGACAUGCCCAACGCCGACCCGGCCACCUACUCGGCCGAGUACAAGCAGUUCCUGCAGAUGUACGCCGAGGCCCAGAUGGACAGCUUCGAGAAGGUCUGGGGCUGGUUCUACUGGACCUGGAAGACCGAGGAUGCCGUGCAGUGGAGCUGGAUGUUGGGCUUGGAGGCCGGGAUCUUGCCCGAGAAGGCGUACGCCCCCAAGUUUAGGUGUGGUGACGACGUGCCCGCUUUCGCGACGUUGAGUGGGAGUGCUUAG